GAAUUGAUUUAAACAUCUUCCAGCUCUAUAUAUUAGCCAGGCAACAAGGUUUCAGUGAAUUUGACAAAAAUGAAAAUGGAGAGAAGAACCGUAAGGAUGACAGGUAAAGUGGCGGUGCUUCUGAUCAUCUUGAUAAUUGCCAACCAAAUCUUGUAUGGGGGUUGUAGCAGACCGGUCCCGCAAGAAAGAGUUCUUGGCCCGCCUUCUGGGCCAUGUAAUUGCGGUUACGUACCCGGUGGUGGCAAUUAACGGUGGCCCCCCUCGAAAAAUUCAUAGGUGAUGCUUGUUUUUUAUGUUUUUUCGAUCUGUGUUGUUAAUAUAUUUCAAGGUUCCUCUGUGUUUGCUGGGAAAAAAAAAUUCAAGCAGUUGCGCGCUGUAUAUAUUUGCUUGAUGUUUGAAAUAGAAUGCUAUGGUUGUU